GACGCCAACAUGAUCCUGCUCCUCCUUCUGUUCGCCCUGACCCUGGGUGCUGUGUCUCCUUCAGAUGGACCUGAGGUCAAGCUGCAGCAAGGACACUGUGAGGCCUGGUUCAAAUUCAACAAACGCUACUACAAGUAUGUGGCCACUAAGAUGACCUAUGCUAAGGCAGAGCUCAACUGUUUGUCAGAGGGAGCCAACCUGGUGUCUAUCCACAGUCUGGAUGAACAUAAUUUCGUCCAAACACUGAUCGAGAAGUUUGACCGUGCUAAUGGAGGAAUCUGGAUCGGACUCAGCGACCUCCAAGAAGAAGGCAGCUGGAUGUGGUCUGAUGGUUGUCCGGCUAGAUUUGUCCUUUGGUCCAAAGGAGAGCCAAACACCCAUCAUGAAGACUGUGUUGAAAAGAUCUUUCACACAGAUAAGAAAUGGAAUGAUCGAAUUUGUAGCGACCGUAUUCCCUCUGUUUGUGCAUCUCGCAUAAUGUGUCCUCAGUGAUUGUAAUGUCUGAUUUAACCUGGUGUGG